AUGAGUCCUGUUAUACCAACCUCCUACCAACCUUUACCUCCCAAUUUGACGAUCAGCGGGAUCCUUCUCUUCGUUGUCUUCCUCAUGUGUCCCCUGGUGGUCUACUUCGUGCAGGCGCUCACCAGCGACAUUCAGAUGUACGCCCAGACUCUCGUCAACAAGACGAAAGAGCUGCACAGGGAGAUGCGGAAGACCAACAGCCUGCUGUACCAGAUGGUCCCUCGGGUGAUCGCCGACAAGCUGAAGAACAACGAGAGCAUCGACGCCGAGUAUUUCAAAUCGACGACCAUCAUGUCGUCGGAGAUCGUCGGUUUUACGGACGUGACAAUCCAGUACACCCCUCGGGAGAUUGUCGAGUUGCUGAACAUUCUGUACACGGCGUUCGACGAGCAGAUGGUCAAGUAUGAUGUGUACAGGGUGGAGACGAUCACCGACGCCUACACCAUAGUAUCGGGUCUGCCUGUUCAAAUCGACAACAAGCAUUCUGCGGAAAUUGGCCAUCUGGCGUUAGAUUUCUUGGAGAUCGCGAACAAGAAACAGUUAUUUACUAUCAAUGACCGACAUGUGCAGGUCAAGAUUGGUAUCAACACUGGUUCGUGUAUGGCUGGUGUUGUAGGUAGCGAGAUGCCAAGAUACAACAUCUUCGGUGACUCGGUGAAAACCGCCUCCAGGAUGAAGAUAACCGGACUAGGUGGAAAGAUUCACCUCAGCGCUAAAGCCUUCAAUUCCAUGAAGAAUCACAAGAUCUUCAUUAUGACAGAGCGAGGACAAAUCCAGGUAAAGAAGAAAGGGGUUGUGAAUACGUACUGGUUGGAGGGUAGGCACAAAACGCCGGUCGAUGAGCCCGACCCGACCGUGUCGGCCACAUGCACGAAUACUCACAACAUCGUAGGGGCAAUCACAGAGUGCAGCGAGGUGGGGUCCAGCCCCAACCCGGUACCCUCUACGUCUUUCCAGACCUCGGGCCAAGAACACAUCUUUUCCAAUCGUCGGGUGUCCGGCACGAAAGUCGCACACGGUAAUGCUCUGCAACACGAGGAGGAAAUUCAUUCUCCGGAAUCUUCCGACAAAGCAACACCUUUCUGCCCGCAAAACGGAAGAGGUCGACCAGGGGAAGAUAAGCAGUGCGGAGGUUUCGGCAAACAGCACGAGAGGGCGACGUCAUCCCAGACGGCGGGUAGUCACGAGCUACCCGGGGAGAUUCUAGAAUGCUACGCGACAGAUCCGCAGAGCACCAUCAACAUCCACAAUUCGGAGAUACGUAGUUACGUCAGAGGGAAGGACUAUUCUGAGCCAUAG